CCGGCGCAGCGACCAAUGGCGGCCCGAGCGGCGCCGCGGCCCGCCGGGAGGCCCAGCCGGUGCGGCGGCGCCAUGAAGGAGCCGGCGGCGGCCGAGGAGGAGGUGUUGCGGGACUAUAUGGCGUACUACGCGGCCCGAGGGGCGGAGGGGAAGCUGGCGGCCUGCGACGAGGCGGCCCUGAAGGCGAGGGCGCGGCGGCUGCUGGGCUCGCGGCGACGCGGCGCCCUGGACGUGUGCGGCGUGGCGGAGCGGUGCCGGCGGGCCCGCGGCCGGCGGGGCGGCCCCGUCCUGCGUGACCUGCUGAAGGCGCUGGAGGUGCUGGAGCUGCUCUGCAUCAACCUGCUGCUCAGCCCGUGGCGCAAGGAGAUCCGGUCGCUGAAGACAUUCACCGGUAAUUUUGUCUACUGUAUUCAGUCUGUGCUCCCAGAUGACAUUGUAAAAACAGUACUGGAGAAAAUAGGUUACAUUGCAACAACAGCAACAGAGUUUUCACUUGUCAAAAAAAGAAACAACGAGGAAACAAAGCAGACUGCAUUUGAAAUGUUCCUGGCAAGAAUUGAGUGUGAAACCAUCCUUGAAAUGACAAAUGAAGAAAAACAUAGCAAUUUGGAGAAGACCUUACAGAAGCAAACACAAAUGCACGGGCAUCAUGGAGAUAACGACAAAGAGAAUCAACCCCUGAGAGAAGAUGCUGAAAAUCUAGAAAAUAAAGAAAACAGUGAGACAUCUUUGUGCCUUGCUACUCAACAGAAGUCUUCAACUAAUAGUGAUAUGUACUUUGAAACUGCUGAGGAUCUCAAGAUCAAAGAUGACAUGCCUCAGUUAGCAGUUGCUCAAUCCACUAACAGGCUUCAGGAACACCAAAGGCAAGUCAUUAACACUGUACAUUUUCCAGGCAAAUGCUCAGACAGCGAGGACUUCUUGAUCAAAUAUAGUGACAUUGUUAUAGGACAAACACCUAUUUUCAGUGAGACUCUUCCUCCAAAAGCUUUUGAAAAAAAGCCAAGAGUCAGUCUAAGUGAAGAAUGUGUUUUGGCAGUCACUGCAGAGUCAACUGCAAAUGAGAUCAGGCCUGUGCCACUCUCACCAGGAGCAAGCGGUCCGCCAGCCUUUGCAAUAUUUGCUGACAGCUCUUGUGACAGCAAAAACACUUCGGUGUACAAAGCUCAGGUCAUCCCUGAAGAAUCAAUUGAAGCAGAAAUUAAUGAUGCCAUAAAUUGCAUAGACCCAGACCCUACAGAUGAACCCAAUGAGCUGAAGUCUCUGCCAUACAAGGACGUUGCAUCUGUCCAAAACUGCAGUGUCCCUAGGGAGGAGGAAGAUUGUGAGCUGCCUUUAACCUUCACAAAACUACAGAUCGAGGACUCUCAGGAAGACCUUAGGUAUCCAGUAGAGGAAACCGGCCAACCUGAGUCAGUAUCAUAUGCAAGUACAAGUGACAGGCAUGUAAAAGACCUUAAUCACUCCAAAAUAAAACAUACAUAUCUGACUAACGCUCAGAUGCAGAACACAGCAGCUGUACAUACUGAGCCAUCUUCAGAUCUAUGCUGUACUACUGGGAACAUGGAGGAUUCCACAACUGGUUCUGAUAGCAAGAGACUAUUAAUGGAUACUUCUAAUGCACAUACAGCAUCUGAGUGCUUCAGACACAUUAGAGAGCCCCCAUACCUCACCUACAUUCCACCACAAAGUAUUGAUGUUCGGUCUUCAUGCAUAAGAAGGACCAACACACAGGGCAGAAGGAACCUCUUGCAGCCUGAAUGUGACUCUUCUGAAUGUGGUGAAGUAAAGGUGGAAAACUGUAAUUCGAAAGUAAAUGAAAUCCAGGAGCCUUAUGUCAUUAUUGACAAAACUGACCAAGGAAUGUUAUGCCAUCACCCUUGAUUCUACCAGUGCUUUAUUUGUAAUCUGCCUGGGUUUUUUCCUCUCACUUGUGGCAUUGAUCAUGUUUUCAAGGAGAUAAUUAGCUUUGUCAAAACUUUAUAAAAACAAACAAAAAAAAUCCGCCACCCAUUUUGGACAGUAAAAAAAGGGAAGUAGUUGAACAAAUUCUUAAUGGCCCACUCUCAUCUGGAACCUUGGGCACUGCAACCUCAGUGGUCGCCUUUCUAAAGCAUCAGCAACAUCUGUAAAUUGGAAUCCAUUUAAUUCAUUACCCAGAUUCCUUCUGGCUGUACUUAAUGCCAGACAGGUUUCUUCCAUUAAGCACACUUCUAUACUGUUCUCCUUUUUUUGAUUUGUUUUUGGGGGGUUUUGGUUGGGUUGUUUGGUUGGGUUUUUUCCUUUACAGACCUAUUCCUGGAGUAUUCUUUUGAGUAUAACAUGCUGUACAAUGAUAAAAACAGGUAAAUGUUUCUAAGCUGGAAGACCCAACUUCAUAGCUUACAAAUGCUAUACUAGCGCUUACUUCUGUUAACUCAUUACAUUCCUGUGAAGCUGUGCUCUGAGCUAAUCUUGCUCUUGUUUUCAAUUAAAAGUUAAGUUUAGGAAGUUUGAUAAUAUUCCUUUAGGUUUAAAGAAGGAAAUAGCCCUGUGAACACUUUUGGUUUUAUAGAGGCAAUAACCCAUAACUGCAGAUUUUAUACCUGUCUUCACUUGUUACCAACAUUUUUUGUGGCUACCACCACAAAUUUCAAGAGAAGCACUGAGCAUCAUAAUCAUUCACUGCUACCAGAUGAGCGACAUCCAGCCACUGCUGCCAUUUCUGUUACCCCUGUUCCUGCCACUUAAGUUUGCUCCAGCUUUGGAGUUCACUGGACUUUUCUGUAAGCCAGUUCAACUCGCUUCAUGGUGGGGAAGAAACUGCCAUUCUCUGCCAUUUUAGAAGCAGGAAAAAAGUCAGAUCAGAGAAGGGUCCUGGUGAGCACUGCAGAAGCCAGGCUAAGGAAUACCCUGUAGGUGGGAGUGCUGUGUGAGCACUGUGCUGUGAAGGAAAGGGAGCAGGACUGAUAGGUCGGAUCAGCUGUAAGCUGGAGUCCCAGCACUGACAACCUCUGUCAUACAGAGCAUUUAAUUAAAUUUAGAAAAGCACACAGUCGCUGGUACUGUAUUUCAGCACAGUCUUCAUUGCUUCUUUAUGCAUUUGUUACCUAGAAAGACAGCCGAAUACUGCUUCAACUAACUUUUCCAGUAGCACAUCAAUGCUAAGAAUGUGUUGUCUUAUGUAUAGUUAAAAUAUUCGCUGAAAUUAAUUUGGUAUAUAUUUUUUAUAAUUGUUUAUAAUAAACUUCCCCCCAAAAUUCGAAGAGGAGCACAUGGAUUACACUAGAAAAACCUCAGGAGCUAAAAUGUAAAGAUCAGCUUUUUGUCAUCACCUGAUCUCAGCACUGUAGGGGGAGUAAAACUUUGACCAAGCUAACAUGAAGUGACAGGACUGCCUUCAGCUGUACAAGAGGUUGGAGAAACAGAUGUUAUGAACAUUAUACUUCUGUACUGGUUCUGGCUAGGAUUGAGAUAAGUUUCUUAACAGCAACCUUCGCAGUGAUGUGUUUGCAAUUUGUAGCUAAAAUUUUGAAAAUAGGAGAGUGUUUUGGUUAUUACUGAGCAGUGCUUGCACAGUGUCACAGAUUUCUUUUUCUAAAAAAAUUAGAAACCCCGGUUAGGAACUGGGAGAGGGCAGAGCUGGGACAGCUGACCUGAACUGGCUAAAGGGAUAUGCCAUACAUGCUCGGCAGUAAAACUGGGAUGGCAGAAGGUUGGGGGUUUUGUCUGCCAAGGUAGCCACUGCUCAGAGAUGGGCUGGGCACGGGUCUGCUUGUGGGAGGUGGUGAGUUACUGCCAUUGCAUCACUUGUUUGCCCCCACCCUCUUUCCUUCACUUACUAAACCUCUAUCUCAACCCAAAAGUUAACUUGAUUUUGCUCUUCUCCCCUGUCCUGCUGGGGAAGGGGGGGAGCAAGCAGCUGUGCAGGAGCUUGGCUGCUGGCUUGGUCAACCCACACUAUCUCCUUACUCUUCUUUCAAGUACCCAUCUGUUCUUCCUAACCAUCUUGGUUUUAUAAGCUAUAUUUUCCCCCUGUGGGGGUUAUUAAAAUUAUGUGUUUUAAA